GACGAACAGAAACCCUUUUGAAUACACACGUGUCGCAAGCCCAGCAUCCAACUCCCACAAAAUAGUCCCCCAUUCUCGCCACGUAGCUCUCUCUUGACGCCACGUUUCCAAUCCCCAACGGUUUCUCAGACCCCAGCGUAGAAAUAGAAACAACCAACAGCGUUCAUAGUCUCCAGUUACUGUAAAGAAAACACAGAAAUCAAGAGUGAUCGAUGGAGAAGAGAUUGGUAAUGGCGGUAGUAUUGUGGUGGCUGGCGGUGUCGGUGGAUUUGUGUUGGUGCUGGGGAGAGGAUGCGGCGCAGAGAAUGAAUCUGGCUGCAGAGAAUGUCAAAGUUAAAGCAGAAGAGGCCGUUGACGAUGCCAAGGAGAAGAGUGACUCCUGGACUACCUGGGCUUCUGAUAAAAUCUCCGAGGGAUUUGGAGACGGAGAAGGCAAUGCAAGAGAGGGGGCUCAGAAUAUAGUGGACAGAACAGAUCAUGCUUCGAGUUAUGCGUCGGAGAAGGUGGAUCAAGGUAUACGAAUGGCUACUGACAAGGCUAGUGAUGCCAAAGACACUAUGACAGAAGCAGUGGAUCAUGGAAAAGAUAGAGCAGCUGAUGCUUACAACAUGGCUUCAAAUAUGUUCGCAGCAGACAAGGAUUAUGACACUUGGUUGAGCACGGCUUCAGACAAGGCAAACUACAUUAAAGAUAGAGCAGUAGAUACAAUGGAGUUCGGAAGAAAAAGAGCGCGAGAUGCUGCGGACACGGCUUCAAAUUAUAUGCCCUCGCAUGAGGACUUUCAAGCUUGGCAUAGCGCGGCUGCGGACAAGGCUGAUUACAUUAAAGAUAGGGCACAGGAAGCUAUGAACAUGGCUUCGAAUUAUAUGCCCUCCCAUGAGGACUUUCAAGCUUGGCACAGGGCGGCUGCGGACAAGGCAGAUUACAUUAAAGAUGGGGCACACGAUGCAAUGAACACGGCUUCGAAUUAUCUGCACUCGGAUGAGGACUUUCAAGCUUGGCAUAGCGCGGCUGCGGACAAGGCAGAUUACAUGAAAGAUAGAGCACAAGAUGCUAUGAAUUUGGCAUCCGAUAAGGCAAGUGAUGCAAUGGAACAUGGUGGGGAGAAAGCAGCCGACUAUUACAAUGAAGCGAAGAAGAAGAUGGGAGAUGCUUAUGAGUCCGCAAAGGAUACUAUGAGCGAUCAAGCCAAGAGUAACUAUGAAGCUGCCAAAGAGAAGGUGUCAAAGGCUGCAGGAGAUAUUGGAGAGAGCAUGAGAAAGAGUACCGCGGAGCUUUGAGCAUUGAAAGAUACACUAGCUCUUAGUCCAUGUGAGUCAUCUGCAACUGCUUGUUUUGGAUUCUUUGAUUUCUUCUAAUAACGUGCUGUUAUAAGGAUCUUAGGCUUUGUCUUUGUUAUAGGAAUUACUUCGUUUUUUCCCCAAAAUUUUGCUCUUUCUUUUUGUUAAAGACAGCAAUUCAUUUUUGAAAGUAAU